AUGGAAAGUGGUGAAAUUGCGGAUUCACAACUGUCUGCUUCCAGUAGUUUUGAUAUGAUUAGUGUCGGACCACAAAAUGCCAGGAUACGAAAAGAACUUGCAUCUGGCGCAUGGUGCCCAAAACCACAAAUUAAAGCUGGCUCAUAUGAAUUCUUGGAGGUGGAUUUCGAGCAAGUAUAUGUGAUCACAGGAAUUGAAACACAAGGUCGUUACGGGAAUGGAACAGGUCGAGAAUAUACGACACAUUAUACGAUCGAAUACUUACGGUUGAACAGUUCAUGGAUAAAGUAUCACAAUAGAACCUUAAUUGAGGUGCUAGAUGGAAAUGAAGAUACGGCAACUGCUGUACGACGGGAUUUGAAUCCAUCGAUCGUUGCCUCACGGAUUCGAAUUGUACCUUAUUCAACACAUGCAAGGACAAUGUGUCUUAGAGUGGAAUUUUACGGUUGUCCAUAUAAUGAUGCUUUAAUGUUUUAUUCGAUGAAUAACGAUGGCUCCAGAAUUGACAGUUAUGAUUUUCGUGAUAAGAUUUUUGAGAAAUCAAAUAUGCUUAGUCAUUUCACAAAUAAUAAAAAGGGUUUAGGACUGCUCACAGAUGGUAUCAUUGCCACAACAAAUCCAUUAGAUGAUAUUACCGGUAGCAGUAAUAUAAUAUCGGCAUGGAUUGGUUGGAAUCAACUGAUAACCAAUGGUUCGGUGGAAAUUGUUUUUGAAUUUUCCGACAUUCGAAAAUUUAUACAUCUCGAAAUUUGGACCUAUGGAACAUCGUUACGAACGACGGAAGUAUUUUUUAGCACUAAUGGCAAAAAAUUUGCGCUCGCUUCACAAAUUUCAUUCAUACAAAGAAGACCAUUGGAUGCAGCGCGAAAUAUGCCAGUACGAAUACCGCUCCAUAAUGCAACAGGUCAAGCGUUGAAAAUAAAACUUAAUUUCAAGGAGCAAUGGCUAUUUCUAUCUGAAAUAUAUUUCGCAUCAAGCAGCGUUAGAAAAGCAACUGUAUCGACGAGAAUUCUUACAACCAUCACCGUCACCACUGCUGCUAUCAUCACCAGUUCCGUAUCCGGCAUGUUCAAUGCAACUUCACCAACAAUAGUCGAAGAAUCAAUUGGCAUAUUUCCGGUUAUUUAUUUCAUUGGUUUGAUAAUUUUAUUCCUACUGAUAAGUUGUGUUUUGUGCGGAAUUCUAAUUUCACGACGCCGAGAACCAAAUCAAAAAAAUUAUAAUGGUGGAAGAGCAAAAAUUAUGGUGACAAGUUUGGGUGAAAAAGGUUUUUGCACAAAUUUCUGUGAUGCAAAUGAUAUCGAUUAUCAUCAGAUUCAAACUAAGAGUUUCUACACUGAUGAAAAGAAAUUGGCAACUGUAGGUAAACGAGCCAAGAAAUCACCAUCAUGGUCUGAUUUUCAUUUUCCACCUCCACCUUCAGAUAAAUACGGUAACAAUGAAUCAAUAAUUGAACCAUUACUGAUACCUAAAAUUCCUGUAUUACCUGUUAUUCCCAGUGUACGGAGUUCAAGGGAUGAUCAAAUAAGGCCAAAAAAAAUUAGCAGCAAUGGUGACAGCUUGCAUUAUGCUACUGUAGCUGUUCAAAUUUCCGAUCGGAAGAUAAGACGACGAAUUGAAAUAUUUCAUGUGGAUCAGGUUGUAUUGGGUUCUGAAUUAGGCCGUGGAAGGUUUACAGUGAUUCGAUCAUGCUUCAUUGAUGGCAAUAAUUAUGCUGCUAAAAUAAUAACAGAUAGGAAUAAGCAAACAAUGAGUGUCUUUAAUGACGAAGUGAAAAUAUUAUCGAAAAUUGACCAUGAGAAUCUCAUUAAGCUUUAUGGUAUUGAUAAUAAUUCAACAAUGUAUCUUGAAUUAGCGCUAUACGGGAAUAUACGACAAUAUUUGGCUCAUAAGCCUAAGGCCAACUAUUUAAAUAUGUUGCAAUUAAUGAUGGAAAUAGUUAGCGGGAUGAAAUAUUUGGAGCAAAGACAAAUUGUUCAUGGACAUUUAUCACCUCAAUGCAUAUUGAUUGAUCAGCAUGAACGGAUCAAAAUAGCAUCACCACGUGGACAUCUUCAUCAUGCUCAAUUACGUUACAGUGCACCAGAAUCCGUUAUUGCUAAACCUUGUUACGACUUUUGCCCGGUUCAAGCCACUGCGAUUAAAGCGAUUUCCACCAAAGAAUCUCCACCCCGAAAGGUAUCAAAACAGCAGUCUCCGCUUUUCUCGAAACGGCUCAGUCCCGGGCAGCAACGGGCGAAUGAAUGGAGUAAUAAAAGUGAUGUUUGGUCAUUUGCGAUAACAGCUUGGGAAAUUUUCAACGAUUGUAUUAUAAUACCAUUUGUUGAAUUAACAAAUGCACAAUUGCUUGAAAAUGCUAAACAAAUCUAUAGUGGAGAUGAUGCGAUAUAUUUGAAGCUUCCAUUAAAUUUACCUCAACAAAUAUCAAAUCUCAUAAGUGAAUGCUGGCAAAGGACACCAAGCGAUCGACCAACAUUUCUUGAAAUUCAUUACAUUCUAUCGAUGAAUAAUAAUUCGGGUUUGACUAUUUCUAAAAAAGGAUAG